AUGUCGGAGGUGACAUCUAGUUUGCAGACCAAAAUGCCAGCGGCCGAUGGAGAAUUGGUAUGUGAAAACUUCGGUACAUUAAAAAAUAAUGAAACAAGCCCAGCUAACAGUCAAGAAUCGAAAUUGAAACGUACAUUUUCAUUUACCAGGAAUGCCUUAACUGCUACUAGAGCAAGUAGAAGAAAGAACAAAUCAAAAGAUGUUGAAAAUGCUAAAAAUUCAAUGCUGAUAAAUGAUAUGGAUCUUGACAACAAGUACAAGAAACAUUUGUUACGGCCCUCCUGGAAUAAAUUCAUAAAAUAUGUACAAAAAGUAUCAAACUUAAGCUUAUACAAUAAUAAGAACUUGUGUUCUAAUUAUGGUUGUGGAGGACGCCCUCCUAUGUCCUUAUCAUCUUCUGAUAUUCGUGUACCACCUGUUAGGCCAGGGAAUUUUCCUAAUGAUAAAGUUCCUGGGGUAAUAGGCCUUCGAAAUCAUGGCAAUACAUGUUUUAUCAAUGCAGUAUUACAAUGUCUCAGCCAUACUGAUAUUCUUGCUGAAUAUUUUGUUCUGGAUCAGUAUAAGGCUGAUCUGUCACGUCGUAACAAAAUAAACUCCAAAAAACAUGGGACAAAGGGAGAAGUAACCCAGCACCUGGCUCUUCUUCUAAAAUCCAUUUGGUCUUGUCAAUAUGAUCCAGAAAUAUCAAACAAGUUUAAACUCAUUGUUGAUAAGUACGGUAGUCAGUUCCGCGGUAAUAACCAACACGAUGCUCAAGAAUUUUUGCUUUGGCUGUUGGAUAAGGUUCAUGAAGACUUGAAUACUGCAACCAAGAAAAAAUACAAAGCUAUUAAGGUCAAGCACAUUCCAGUAGAAUAA